UUAUUGAAAACAACAAAUAGUUAGCGUGUUUGGUGCCGUUGGAGAGAGAGAGCCUCAGUGAUGGCAGACGAUCUGUUUGAAGGAUUGCCCCCUCCUUCCUCAAACGCUCUUCUUCUUCAACAUGAACAUGAACAUGAACAAAUUUCUCAACCAGAACCUAUUGUUGUUGUUACAAACAACAAAAAUGACAACACGGAACCCUCUUCAGUUCCGCCCCCAAAGCCAAUUCUCAAAAGUGCUCUCAAGCGUCCCAACCCUACUCAACCCGACACCCAAGCUACGGCACCUAAAAAAAGCUUGAAGUUCAAAACAACAACUGAUGCUUCAGAAGCACAAGUUAUUGAGGCCAUGCAGAAGAUAUCUUCACACAUCAAGAACCCUGCAAAGUUCGGCAAGGCUGCAAAGCUUGCUGUACAGCUGAUUCAAGCGGGAAGCAUAAAGUCAGAAAUUAGUGAUUAUUUUUUUUCCAUAUUAGAAGCUGCAAUGUCAUCAUCCAUAACUUGUACAGAUCCUUCAGUUCGUGCAGAUUAUCAUUCUCUGUUCUCUGCGGCACAAAGCACUAAAGAACACCUCAAUAAGAAGCAAAAGAAUCAACUGGCAACAUGGACGAUAAAUGCUGUGGUGGCAAACGAUUUAUAUACAGAUGACAGCUUUGUGUUUUCUAAAGCGGCUGGGCAAAUCAAGGAAGCUAUAUCUAACCUUCCCGUUGCAACAGACGAGGAUGACACAGAUGAAGCGGAGUCUUUGAAAGAUAGCACAGUCACAACAGAUGAACAUGGUCAAACGCCUGCCACAGAUAAGGAUAAUGAUGGGGAGGAAGCUGACCCAUUUGGACUUGAUGCUCUGAUUCCUGGAUCCACAAAGAAAGGUGAAAAAUUGAAGGCAAAGAAUGAGGCAGUGGCAAAAAUAAAAAAGGGGGAUGAGGAAGAAACCAAGCGAGUUCUCAAGUCACAAAGAGAAGCCCUGAUAACUUGUUUAGAGAUUGCUGCUCGGCGUUAUAAAACACCCUGGUGUCAAACUGUAAUUGAUAUUUUAGUGAAACAUGCCUUUGACAAUGUGGCAAGAUUUACAGCUCGUCAGAGGGAUGCCGUCGGGAAAUUGUGGGCUUCCAUACGGGAGCAACAAACUCGUCGGAAGCAAGGGAAGUCAGUUAAUGGAAAACUUGAUGUAAAUGCUUUUGAAUGGCUUCAACAAAAAUAUGCUAAUGAGAAGAUUAGCAUUAGACAUUCUGUUGGGGCUAGCGGAGACCGCCGAGCCCAACAAUGGCUUGGUUAAAUUUUCUCAUGACCUUUCUGUGACAGUAAUAGAGAGGAUGAUGUCAACUUCAGAAUGUUCUAAGGGAAGGGAGAUGAUGCAUCCUCAUUUCAUUGAGUGUUGUAACUUAGUAGGUGUCAACGCAUCUCACCUGACUGAAUAUUAUUUGGAGUAACUUUUAAAAUGUGAUUUUUUUACCCGUGCUUUGUUUUCUAUUUAUGCAGACUGCAGAUAUAGUCUACUUUUGUUUUAAAACACGAAAACUUGUUU